AAUUGCCAACAGAAUGUAGUUGUUAUAGUUAAGUAAGAGGUAAUAAAUUAUGUAACAUGCUUCAGUCUUAAAAAUAUGUUAUUAUAUGAAGAUAGAACUAAAGUGUAACUUAUUUCAUGUACUGUGCUGUGUUACCUAGAAGUUUUCAAAACAAGAAACGUUUCACUUAUAACCAAUUCCUUCGAAAACUCGGAAACAGUUAUACAGGAAGGCAAAUUAAUAAAUAUCAUUGCACAUACAAAUCUGUGCCUGGAUUAAAAAAGAGUGUUUACAGGACACGAUGAUUUUAACCGUGUAUGGUGGGAUAUUUAUGAUUUUAUUUAUUUCAACACUAGAAGCACGCAAAGGGAUCUGCUCAGAGUGGAAACUAUCCGGCGGAUCCGUCUGGUACGAGGGCAUAGUUGAAGUAUUGUAUAAUCAGACAUGGGCAAAUAUCUGUGCUGAUUCGUUCACUGACAAAGAUGCCGAGGAAGUUUGCAUUAGGAUGUUAUCCAACAGAAACUAUAUUCUUGAAAUACCGUUAACAUACGAUUCCAACGUAUACAGAGCACCGGAACAAAGUAAUAGAAUUUCUUACAAAAUGUGCGGAAACCAUGGGCAGGAAGGCAAAACUAUCGAAAAGUGCCGCAAAGUAGCAAGUCUCUGUUGCUUUGAUCCUGCUGCAGAACCAUGCAGUAGCAAUUGGAGGUCUACGUUAGAUACAUACUCUUAUGGUCGGUGGAGUUGGAAGAAACACCUCCGGUACGACCAGCUGCUCCAAGUUAAUUUUACAAACAUAAACAUCAUAAAAUCAUGGACAAAAUCUGCGUUGGAAGAGCAAUCAUGUGAGAGAAGUCUAUCGACAAAUGACAGUGUAAUUGAAAUGGUGAGGACAUGCUCAAGCACCUGCCCUAUGACGUCAGAUCUUAUCUUCAUACUUUUCAGUGCGGAUAACAAAACAUGCUGUUUGAGAAACAGUUCUAGUCAUAUGCUACAGACAGACGACUGUGCCAUCAGAAAUCUAAGUAUUGUCAAUGGACCGUCUGACAGUGUAAUUUUUUGUUUAGCUGCAGAAGUAAUCAACGGAUCCGUGUACGUUUCUAUUGAAGAUUGCAGCAGGUUUCUCAAAGAUUUCAAUGUUUCUUAUAAAAUGGUGCCAACAACGACUCGUGCGACAAGGACACAUGUAACAGCGAGCGAAUCGUUUUCGAUAAAAACAGCACAACUUCCAAAUUCUUCUGCUACCACUUUGCCGAAAGCAAGUAGUACUGGUUUCAGUGUUACAGUCAGCAACAUACUAGUAAUAGCAAUCAUCAGUGUAGUUGUAUUGACCGUUACUGUCGCAGUGUUGACAGUAUUGCUGGUAAAAAAGCGGCGAACAAAUCAAGGGACAGGUCUGGCAGAAGUCGGAUACGUACCCGAACAAACCAAUAACAUAACGUCUAUUUCUGAUGAAUCAGGAGAUGAGCAUUACACAACAAUACAAGACAUUGGCACAGGAGGGGCCAGUGAAGAAACCGGAAUACAAAAUACACAAAGGAGUGCUUCUGAGUCAUUAGGCGAAAGAAAUGAUCAGGAACACAGCCAUGGGACACCAAAUACACAUAGGCGUGCUUACGAGUCUUUGGGUGACAGGCAUGAUGAGGAACACGGCUAUGGAACACGAAAUACACAAAGGAGGGCUUAUGAGUCAUUGGGUGAAAGACAUGAUGGGGAACACAGCUGUGAAGCAUCUGCCCAAGCAACAAACGGAGUUUAUCAGCCUUCAGAGGAAGAAAUGGUGGAAAUAGCUGGACAGCCCAGGGAAUUAGCAUAUGACUCACUAGAAGAUAUUAAAAAGGAAACACACUGCGAUGAAGCAUCAGACCAAACAGCUAAUGCUAUACCUUAUGAAUGGGUUGAGUAAACCUACAAAUGUAAGCACGAACGGAAUAAAUACACUUUUGCAUAAUAUAUAUUAAGUUAAAGCAUUUGUAUGUAGAUAUAUGUGACAAGCAUUUUUUUCCAUUUGUUUGUCAUGUGUCGUACUUGCAAGCUGUAAAAUAUACGAAUUUAGACCAAUCAGAAAUAACUUCUAUACUUCUGUAAAUCACAAAACGCUUUUUAGAUGGCACAAGAGUGCUAGGGUAUACAAAUGUAGACUGAUGAUAGUGAGAUCAUUCUGUAUCCAACGACUGAUGUAGGCACAUCGGGGAUUCAACUAAUGCUUUACACCCACACCCAAUCUUGAUCAGAAUGUUAUUGCAGAUACACUGUCAGGGCGGAUGAAUUAUUUAAGAUACUUCUUUGAUAAACCGAAAGUGAUGGCGUAACGCCUUUUAUCCGGAUAACGUAGAAUAAAGCCUGGAUUCGGCGUACGGCAAUGAAAAUCAUUUUAUGGGCAAAUAUCUCAGAAACAGGCACACGAACUUAUACAUUUUAUUUCACCGUAUUAUAGACCACAAUUAUGUUUAAUUAGGACUCUUAGAAGUUUCAUUAAUAUCUAAAUUGUAGAAAAAAUUCUAUCCGCGAAAAUGCAAAAAUUUGGAUUUUCCCAUAGACUUCCAUUAUGAAAACUUGCGUGAGGAUCUAAUAUUUCAAAUCAGUCUAGCAAAACCAUAAAGCACACGACCCUAUCGUUUUUAUCUGCAGAAUUUUCUUAGUAUAUUCUAAGGUUUUGAAAAAUCAGGGUUUAAUUAAAUUCUACAUUUUAAAAAAAAGUUGAUCCGAACGUGCAGAACUACUUUUAAAGAAGACAUUUGUCCUUCAUAGACGAAAGAAGAGUUGCAGUAUUGUAACUAGGUUUCAAUCUUUCGGACCAACGCAUUGAAGACUACCUUAACAGGGCAGUACGUCGAAUGUUAUAGACUAUAGUAAAUAUAGGCUGAGCAUCAGAAAGCCGAGACAGAGACGCAUCGAUUUAGAAAUGAAGCAACUAACACAGACAGUGAGACAACUUUGGAACGAAUCAGUUGCUCCUACCAAAUGAUGCCUGAAAUUAUGCAAACGACAGGUAGAACAUGCUGUGCCUGGCAUAGAACACCUAUUGUUGGUUACAUCGAAUUGAUACAAGUUCAUACAACUCUCCUACAUACCUGCGGUGUGAGAGUGAUAAUAAUAUCUAUAAACAUGUAUAAUAGAAACGUAAAGACAAAUGUACUGCUUUUGACAGAACCACAAUGAUUGUGUAGUCUUAUAUGAUAUGUUAUUACUAUGUAUCUUUAAUCAUGCAUUUGUACUAUUUUAUUAUUAUAAAGAAAAUGCUAUACACUGAAAGAGAGCGACCUUAAACAUGUAUGGAAGUUAAUAAACGUAAAUGCAAAUGUUCUGAUGUUGGCAGUAACACGAAAGAAAGACUGCCUUUCAUUAUUUUGUUUAUUCCUUUGUAUAUUAUGUCGUUGCUAAGAAUCUCAAACUAUGUAUUUAGUAUACAUGUAAAUAGUAUCUUAUUAUUAUUAUUAUGUAAAUAUUAACCUAGCUAAUCUAUAUACAUACUUGGCAAACUUUAAAAUCGGGCGGUUUUAAGUCGCAAAUAUUCAGUUCACGGUAUACAUUCUCCAUGUGUUUCUAUCAUAAGUAAUGUUUUGGAAUUGUCAUUCUAAGGUUUUUAGCGACAUCGAUGCUAUUAAGGUCCGUGCCAUGUAGAAUGUUUUAGAAAAUAUGAGUUCAUUUUCCUAGUUAUUCGCAACACCUCACACUUUUUAGGGUUGAAUUUCACUUGACUGUCAGAUAAACAGUUGUUUCAUUGUUUGUAAGAAGUCUGUUUUUCGCAUUUUAUGGGGGCAGUACUGUCACUAAUAUAUGAGAGAAAGAGACAAUGGUCAAGAACAGAUUAGACAGGUAGACUGUCUACAGUGCAGCCAUCUACUAAACCCCUUAAUCUACCGUGAUGUUAGACGGGCGGACUUCUAGCUGUUCACGUUUGUGUAUUAGUUUAUUAUGAUCAGCCCGGUCAAAAUGCUUUCUUUAUGUCCAUAACUGUUUCGUUCUUGUGUGAACAGUAUUUCAGUGUAACGUUAUUGUGACUUUUUCAGUAACCUCCCUUUUAUAUGAAUCAGCUUUAAUGUCUUACUUCUGAAGUCUGUACUGUUGUCAAAUUCUUGAGUAUUUUGAAAUCGGCUUUUAGACGUUAUCAUUAGUAUAUUACGACGUUUCUUUCAAUAUUUUUGAAAUCUUUUGAAAUAUGUUAUCAAAUAUAAGGCGGCCGUUUAUAAAUUUUGCCUAGUAUUUUUAUCAAUCUGUUUUUAGCUCACCUGAGCAUCAGUUGAGUUUUUGUGGUCGCUCGAUGUUCGGCGUCUGUCUGUCUGUCUGUUUGUCAACAUUUAGCUUGUGUAUGAUUACCUUGAUGAUAUCUAGGCCAACUUUGAAAAUGGGUCAUCUGAGGUCAAAAACUAGGUCACUAGGUCAAAUUAUAGAAAAAUCUUGUGUAUGCGAUAGAGACUGUAUUUUUCAAUUGAUCUUCAUGAAAUUUGGUCAGAAUGAUUGUCUUGGCAAAAUCUAGGCCAAAUUUGAAUAUGGGUUAUCUGGGGUCAAAAACUAGGUCACUAGGUCAAAUCAAAGAAAAACCUUGUGCAUGCGGCAAAAGCUGUAUUUUUCAAUUGAUCUUCAUGAGAUUCGGUCAGAAUGACUGCCUUGAUAAAAUCUAGUUCAAGUUUGAAUAUGGGUCAUCUGGGGUAAAAAACUAGGUCACUAGGUCAAAUCAAAGAAAAACCUUGUGUAUGCGAUAGAGACUGUAUUUAUUAAUUGGUCGUCAUGAAAUUUGGUCAGAAUGAUAACCUUGAUGAUAUCUAGGUCGAAUUUGAAUAAGGGUAAUCUGGGGUCAAAAAGUAGGCCACUAGGUCAAAUCAAAGAAAAACAUUGUGUAUGCAAUAGAGACUGUAUUUUUCAAUUGAUCUUCAUGAAAUUUAAUCAGAAUGAUUGCCUUGAUAAAAUCUAGAUCAAGUUUGAAUAUGAGUCAUCUGGGAUCAAAGACAAGGUCACUAGGUCAUAUCUAAGAAAAUACUUGUUUAAACUCAAGAGACCACAUUUUUGGUCCAAUCAUAAUAAAAAUUGGCCAGAAUAUUUGUUUCCAUGAAAUCACUAGGUCAAACAUAUUUACACUGUUAUGGUGUGUUUCUCAGGUGAGCGACCUUGGGCCAUCUUGGCCCUCUUGUUAUUUGUUUAGAUUUAGAUGUGAAUGUUUUAGAUAUGUGUUUUACUACUGUAUUGUUUUACGUUUGAUAAAUAAAUUUAUAUAUCUAUCUGUUUAA